AUGGUAUCCGUCAAGGAAGAGAUCCGCAACUUUCAGUUCUGGAAGGCGGUGCGAACAGAGUUCCUCAUCACCUUACUCCUCGUCUUCGUCGGCUGUGGCGCCGCCGUGCGAUGGAGCGAGGCGUCGCCCGCCAACGACAUACAAGUCGGGCUCGCCUUCGGCCUCGCCGUCGCGACAUUCGUCCAGUGCGUCGGCCACAUUAGCGGUGGACACAUGAACCCUGCCGUCACUCUAGGCAUGCUCGUAACCCGAAACGUCAGCAUUCUACGGGCCGUCUUCUACUGCGCCGUACAGUGUCUCGGUGCGAUCGCCGGAUCAGCGAUUCUAUACGGCGUUCUACCGAAGGACAUUCGCGCUGACCUCGGAACGACGCGGGUCAACGAACAGUUUAGUCUGGCGCAGGCGUUCGGUGUGGAGUUCAUGAUUACGUUUAUCUACGUGUUCACGGUGUUCGCGAACCUCGAUCCGAAACGACAGGACAUGGGAUCCAGAUCGUUGGCGAUCGGACUGUCCGUGACCCUUGGUCAUCUAUUCGCCUACAGCUACACGGGAGCAAGUAUGAAUCCGGCCAGGUCUCUCGGUCCAGCUCUCAUCAUGAACAUAUGGGAGAACCACUGGCUCUACUGGGUUGGGCCGAUGAUGGGCGGAAUCUUCGGCGGAUUCACAUACGAGUACACGCACGAUUCUUCGAACGCCUUCCAGUAUCUGCGUCGCUCCUUUCGACGCAAGUGGCCGACGGCCGUGCAGCGGAGCCGGAGCACGUUGAGCACGAAUAGCACGGAGAUGACGAUGACUGACGAUGAUUGCCGAGUGUAG